UUAGCAGCACCAGUUCCCUAGGUUAGACAGGACUUCUACAAAGCGGUGUCCUGUACUAGAAGCUGGUCCGAGAGGUAAUGCAUCGUACUGAGACUAAGCUUCUCCGCUACAGACGGUUGUCCCCACACACUGCCGGUCGUUUUGGUCAAGGAUGUUAAGUGCGUUAACUAUUCGUUGCUGCUUGCGAUAGAUUAUUCAUAUUCAUAUCCCGCUCUGACCUGGAUAACUGCAUUGCUCCUGUUUGGAGGCCCUUGAUUCAGUCCGGCUCGUGCUAGAAAUUGCGUUUCGGCCCGAACUGACACAGCACGCUUGAAAGCACGACUAGAUAAUGGACCUUUCAAACCUUCGCAUCACUUGAAGCUUCUCCACCCAACUGCAGGCUCGCGGGUUUUGGGACGUCUCUAAACUAGACUUUGACUCAGCGCGCUACUAGGAAGCAGGAUUCGAUUAUGGACCUUUCAAACCGUCGCAUCACGCGAAGCAUCUCCACCGAGCUGCAGGCUCACGCCAUGGCCGUAGCGAACUCUGGAGGCGUCAAUAAUGCAUCGGGGGACCCUCCCGCCUCAAUGUCCCCUGAAGACCUCUUUCUUCGAUCGUUCCUAGACACCACCGCCUCCGCUGCUGCCGCUGCUGCUGCUCCUGGGGGAAGUAGCAGCGCAAACGCGCCCUCCUCGUUAGGCUUUGGCGCGGGCGGGCAGGGGGGAGCAGGGGCGGGGGAGCAAGCUUGUGUUCCCAAUGGCGCGGGCAUGGUCUCCCCGUUGCCCUUUCCGCCCAUAAACGUAGGCGCAGCAGCGGGGAGAGGACCUAAUAGCUGGAACGCCCGUGGAAAUGGCGGUGGAUUGGGCACGGGGGGAGGGUUGGGCGCUGGCACAGGCAUGGGGGGAGCAGGCAUGGGGGGAGCAGGAAUGGGGGGAGCAGGCGUGGGGGGAGCAGGAAUGGGGGGAGCAGGAAUGACGGCUGCAGGGGUGUACCCUUCACCGAAGCUCAGCCGGCUCAACAGCGAGGAGCUCUUCCAGAGCUGGCUAUCCGCUGAUAUAGCCAACUCCCCAGCACAAGCAAUGCCGCCUCGACCGUUUCCGCCAGCCAACCUUCCCCGCCCCACCAUACGGCAGCAAUUGCAGCAGAGGCUGGUGCAAGAACAGCAGCAGCAGGGGCAGGGUCAGCAGCAGGGGCAGCAGCAGCAGCUUGGGCAGGAGCAGGGGCAGGGGCAGGGGCAGCCAGGGCAGCAAUACCAAGGGCAACGGCAAGGGAGCUAUGGUCUAGUCAACGGCAGUGAGCCAUCUCUCUUUGCCAUGUCAUCAAUGGGUGGGUCUGAUGUGGCCUGGGGCGUAGGAUCUGGGUCUCAGCAGCAGCAGCAGCAGCAGCAACCUCAGCAGCAGCAGCAGCAGCAGCAGCAGCAGCAGCAGCAGCAGCAGCAGCAGCAGCAGCAGCAGCAGCAGCAGCAGCAGCAGCAGCAGCAACCUCAGCAGCAGCAGCAGCAGCAGCAGCAGCAAUGGCUGCAGAUUCAGCAGCAGCAGCAGCAAUUGCAGCAGGCCGUUAAGCGUGAUCAGCAGCAGCAAAUUCAGCAGGAGAAGCUACAGUUGACACCUCCCCAGCAGCCGAUAACACCUCCACAGCAGCACAUGAUGCCUCCGCAACAGCAGAAGACACCUCCCCAUCAGCGCAGAACAACUAUGGGCAUGGCCACACCACAGCAACAGCAGCAGCAGCAGCAGCAGUCACCUGACUAUGCUGGGCUGUUGCGUCUCAAGGCACCUCUCACAAGGAGCAAGUCCCAGGAACUCAGGCGGCUGGUGAAUGCCCAGGGUGUCCCUCUCUCCACGGACGAGCUCCUGCAACGACUAGCCUCCCCCUCUGACCUGCAGGCCACCAUCGCCGCGCUGCAGGGGCCUCUCUCCCAGGUGGACCUCGCUGCUCUCUCCUCCUCCGCUGCUGCUCUUGCUGCUGCUAUCCUCGGGAAUCUGCACAUGCCCCCUGCUGCUAAUGCUGGUGCUGGUGCUGGUGCUGGUGCCGGUGCUGGUGCUGGUGCUGGUGCUGGUGCUGGUAUUAAUGCUAGUAGGUCUCCUGCCGGUAAUGGUAAUGCAGCUCCUGUUCCUGGCACGUCUGGUGAUGCUGCUGGUGCUGCUGCUGCUGCUGGUGCUGCUGGUGCCACUUUUGCUUCACUCGGAGCCAGUAGGCUUGGAUCGACUCCCCCGAAACCCCCCAUUCCGCCUUCUCCUGGAGGCAAAGGGACAGCCCUGGGGGCAGGGGCAGGGGCAGGAGCAGGAGCAGGAGGGGUGGAGUUUAAUGGGGUGAGAACACGUCAAAUGGCUCGGGCACCUGCGUCGUCAUUGGUGCAUCGACUGCAGAACAAGCUGGGGUCUAAGAAUAGGGCGAACCAGAGUGCACAGCAGCGGCAAGCACAGCAAUCACAGCAAUCACAACAGCAGCAGCAGCAGCAGCAGCAGCAGCAGCAUCAACAGCAGCAACAGCAACAUCAACAACACCAACAGCAGAUGCAGGACGCCUUAGUGCAAUCAUCAGAGGGGCACAAUCAGCAGGAGGGCCAGAAGAAACAGCUGCAGCAGCAGCAAGUGCUCGAACGCCAAACCAACAGUGCAUCACCACAACCCCCCGCCACAGCCUUGGCUAGCCUGUCCUCCUUCCCAACCUCAGGCUCGGCAAGUUCUCCUGCUUUCCCAACCUCAGGCUCGGCAAGUUUUCCUGCGUUCCCGACCUCAGGCUCGGCAAAAGCUCCUGCUUUCCCAACCUCCGGCUCGGAAAGAGCUCACCCUGUUUCACCCUCAGCAUCAGGCUCGGAAAGAGCCCCUGUUGCUACAGGGCCUCCCAUGCCUAACUCAGGUUCGGUUGGGAAUGGAACAGGACACGGGAAUGUGAUAUCUGCUGUGGCACCUGGAGGGAGGAAUGUGUCAUCAGUCGUCAACCUGCUUAAAGGUACUCUGGCACGCAAGAGAGGGAAGAAACCCGCACACAGCCCCACCAGAAGCGCCACCCCCCGCUCCACUCCCCUAUCCCCUUCCUCUGGCUCUCCCACUCCUACUCCCUCCCAUUCCGAUGCCCCUUUUCUUAAUUCCCAUUCGCACCAAGCCCAGACCACCACCCACCCGCGUCAUUCCCCUGGUACGCCACCUCCUGGUGUUGCUGCUGCUGCCGCUGCUGCUGUUGCUGCCGCCGCCGCUGCUGCUGCUGCUGCUCAUCCUGUCACUGCCACACAAGGGAAUUCUCAUAUUCGUGCUGCUGCUGCUGGUGCUGCUGUCGCUGCUGCUGCCACAACUACAGCCGGUGCAGCUGAAACCCGCGCUGGCCUACAGUCACCUGGAGGCUCAGCCUCGGGUCCGGCGUCAGGCCCAGCAUCAGGCCCGGCAUCAGGUCCGGCGUCAGGUCCGGCAUCAGGUCCGUGCACCUCUGAAGGCACUGUAGCUUCCCACCCUGUGACCGGGGGGGUGUCAGGGUCUCGCCCUGCCACUCCUACAGCAGGGAUAGGGGGGUUGGCUGGGUCGGGCUCCCUUCCUGGCACUCCCACGGUGGCAGUUUCAGGGGAGCCUGGAUCCGUUCCCAGCACUCCAACCUUUGGGGUCGUGGGUUCAGGGCUCCAGUCUGAGCAGCAAAAACAGCAGCAGCAGCAGCAGCAGCAGCAGCAGCAGCAGCAGCAGCAGCAGCAGCAGCAGGAGCAGCAGCAGCAGCAGCAGCAGCAACAGCAGCAGCAGCAGCAACAGCAGCAGCAGCAGCAGCAACAGCAGCAGCAGCAGCAGCAGCAGCAACAGCAGCAGCAGCAGCAGCAACAGCAGCAGCAGCAACAACAGCAGCAGCAGCAACAACAGCAGCAACAGCAGCAGCAACAGCAGCAGCAACAGCAGCAGCAACAGCAACAGCAGCAGCAACAGCAGCAGCAACAGCAGCAGCAACAGCAGCAGCAACAGCAGCAGCAACAGCAGCAGCAACAGCAGCAGCAACAGCAGCAGCAGCAGCAGCAGCAGCAGCCGCAGCAACAGCACCCCGCAACCACCACCCUUCACCAGCCCGCUGGCCCUAGAAGCAGACUGCGCAACCACCUCAGAGUGCAACUCCCCUCCUCCAUGCCCCUCCCGUCCUUCCAACAUACCCCAGUUGCACCUUCCCCGGUUGCACCUUCCCCCAGUGCAGCUGUACCUUUUCCCAGUGCAGGUGUACCUUCCCCAGAUAGCCCUCUCACCUCCCCCAGUCUCCUGGUCACGCCUGCUAACCACUCUCCCCUGGGAGAGGCUCGGCUGCUGAAUGCAGGAUAUGGCUUUGAGGCGCCUCAGCAUCGGAAUGCAGGGUUUGCAGGAGGAGGGGGGGAGUUGGCGGGGGACGGAGGAAUUGGUAGUGCUGCUGCUGCUUCAACUACUGGUGCUUCUGCGGCUGGUGUUGCCACUGGUGGUGCCGUUGGUGCUGGCGCUGGUGCUGCAUUGGCUGGGGUAAGGAGAAGUGCUAGUGCCAUGACUGCUGAUAGCCCAACAGCGCAGCAGCAGGGGCAGCAGCCGGUGCAGCAUGCUUUCGAGUCGACUCAAAAGCUGGCUGGGGUAAAGAGGAGUGCUAGUGCCAUGACUGCUGAUAGCCCAACAGCGCAGCAGCAGGGGCAGCAGCCGCGGAGGGGUGGAUCGGGCCCCUUGGACUAUCCCUGUGAUGGGCUUGCUAGAACAGGCUCCCUCACUCCCUCAGGUUGCCUCACUCCUUCGGGUUCCCACACCCCGUUUGGUGAUUCCUCUCGGCAACACAGAGUGGAGCGGCAAAGGAAAAUGGCAGAGGCCAAAGGGCGUACCGGUGGCAUGGCAGCAGGAGGGCUGGGGUCGCCAGACGUGGGAGUGUUGAAGCGCAAGUGUGAAACACUUGAAACAGAGAACAGGAGCCUCAAGACUUUCCAGAGCUUCAUGAACAGGAAGGACUCGGAGCAAACGACACGAAUAGAGCAGCUGGAGCAGGAGAACGCUCAGCUGCGUGCAGAGAACGAGAGGCUGAGGGAGGAGCUGGCUGCUGCUGUCUCUGCGGGUCAACAGACUGGAGUCCCCUCUGCAGCCAUCUCCUCAGCAGCAAUCCCCGCCUCCGGCACUUGAGGUUGAGGUGCCUCAGGAGGAGCAGCUAGAGCAGCAGAACGGGCAGCUGUGCGCAGAGAGCGAGGGCACGAGAGGCUAAGGGACGAGCUGGCUGCUGCUGCUGUCUCUGCUGGUCAACAGACAGGAGUCCCCUCUGCAGCGAUCUCCUCAGCAGGAAUCCCCGCCUCCGGCACUUGAGGUGCCUAGAGCAGCUAGAGCGGCAGAACGCUUCCUGCAUGCUGGCGUUUGAGUCGACUCAGUUGUCAACUUGAGGCGCCUCAGGAGGAGCAGCUAUAGCAGCAGAGUGGGCAGCUGGUUGCACCAGGGAGUGAGGGGACGAGAGGCUAAGGGACGAGCUGGGUGCAGCCAGACUGGACUCCCCUCUGCAGCAGUGUCCCUGCUUCCAGAACUGGAAAAGAGCAGGAGAACGCACAGCUGCAUGCAGAAAACGAGGGGCUAAGGGACGAGCUGGCUGCUGCUGCUGCUGCUGCUGCUCAUCAGGCAGGAGUGCCAACAGCUGGAGCGUCCGCCGCAGGGCUGGCUCCUGCGAAUUUGCCCGUUGACAUGGCUCCUGCGAAUUUGCCCGUUGACAUGGCUCCUGCGAAUUUGCCCGUUGACAUGGCUCCUGCGAAUUUGCCCGUUGACAUGGCUCCUGCCAUACAUUCUGCUGGGAUGGCUCACUCAACCCCCUACCUAACCUCUGAAUCCAUUCUAAGUUCUAACUCGUCUUGUCUAGUGCAGCACCUUAUUUAUAGGGGCCUCAGUAUGACAAUACAGUAGGCCAGAGCUGUAUGGCUUUUCAGCUUGCUCAGGAGAAACGAAGAGAUUGCCAGCUUUCUGAUGGCAUCCUUUUCAGAGGUAAGCUUUUAGGGUUGAAACGGCUUGUCCUGCCAGCUUGCCGACAGCAAUUGUAACAGCUGUUGAGAGGAAGCAGUUCCCUUCCCUCCCUGCCUGCACCACCUGGCAGGUACGGUACGUACUCUGUCACCACCAGCCAAGUGUAGGCUUGCGAUAGUUGCUUUAGCUGUUGCCUUAGUUGCUUUAGCAGUAUCUUGGCAUCAUAAAAAC